UUUUUCCUGGAAGAUACGCCAAACUCUGUUUUAUUUGUUUUAUUAGUUUUCCAUGCCAGACUCUGUUUACCAAGAAAAAAAAAACAGAAAACUGUAUCUUUCAAAUGCAAUUAUUAUAUACAAAAUUAAAGAAAGAGAGAGAAUUGAAGGAAUGAAAAUAUUUUGACAAAACCCACAUUGCACAUUGUUCUCAUCAUUUCCAUCACAAAAUCCUAUCACAAAAGAUAAGAUUAUUCACAUUCUUGGCCCACCCACCAAUUUCUUCCCUUUUCCCCUUUGUAUUUCAAUCCAAAUAACCCAAAGUUUUGAGCUUCAAUCUGUUUGAUGUCAUGAAUUUCUCUCAAUCUGUGAGGACCCAUCUGGGGAAGAAAUUCAGAAGAACCCCUUUUUGUUUCAGAUAAAAACCCAUUCCACCUUUUCUUUUGAUAACCUAUAUUUCAAUCUAGGAAUUGCUGAUUGAUUAAAUGGGUAUCCUCAGAAAGUAGCACUUUUUUUGAUUUGGGUCUGAAUCAUUGGAGGAUGGAGAUGUCUACCCAGCAAGAUAAUUCUGUUCCCAACAAAGUUUCAGGAUCAGGUUCUUGCCUGUAUGAUCUCUUAUGUUCAGACGCACCGGCUUGGAGAUGCCCUAGUGACCAACGGUCAUUAUCUGGUCCACAAGAAAGGCUGGAGAUUUUGUUGCGCCAAUCUGCCAACAGGUCCUGUGCAGAUUGUGGAGCUCUAGAUCCAAAAUGGGUAUCUUUAAGCUUCGGAGUAUUUAUUUGUAUAAAGUGUUCUGGUGUACAUAGAAGCCUUGGAGUGCAUAUUUCGAAGGUUGUAUCAGUGAAGCUAGAUGAAUGGUCAGACGAUGAAGUUGAUAUCUUGGCAAGUAUGGGAGGAAAUACUACUGUAAACAAGAAGUAUGAGGCUUGCUUGCCGGAAAAUUUCUGUAAACCAAAACCAGAUUCUUCUAUAGAGGAGCGCUUUUAUUUUAUAAGGAGAAAAUAUGAGCUGCUAGACUUCUUGAACCCCAAUGAACCGUUGUCAUGUCCUUUUCCACCUAAUAAGAAAUCACCUCCUAGCAAUUCAACUAUUAGUUCUACCCAAGAUAAGAAACAGUAUGAGAAACAACCAACGAAAAACCGUAUUGGGCAGGCAUUUCGUAACAGCUGGGGAAGAAAAGACUCUGAACAUAAGACCGCAAAGAAGGGCUACUCAAUGCCAAUGGCAGGUAUGAUCGAAUUUGUUGGAUUAAUCAAGGUGAAUGUGGUUAAAGGAACCAACCUAGUUGUACGGGAUAUGAUGACAAGUGACCCUUACGUCAUCCUUGCAUUGGGUCACCAAUCAGUGAAGACGCGUGUCAUAAAGAACAAUCUUAAUCCCGUAUGGAAUGAGAGCCUGAUGCUGUCAAUUCCUGAUCACAUACCUCCUCUAAAAGUGCUGGUGUAUGACAAAGAUACGUUCAAAGCUGAUGAUUAUAUGGGUGAAGCCGAGAUUGAUAUUCAACCUCUGGUGAGUGCUGCUAUAGCUUAUGAGAAAUCCACGAUCAAUGAACCAAUGCAGCUUGGAAAGUGGGUAGCCAGCAAAGAAAACACACUCGUAAAAGAUGGUGUCAUCAACCUCGUAGACGGGAGAGUAAGACAGCAGAUCUCUCUCAGGCUGCAGAAUGUUGAGAGGGGUAUACUGGAGAUUGAGCUUGAAUGUGUGCCUCUUAAUCAAUAGCCGGCAUUAAGGAAAUGAAACUUACGAGACCUUUAUGAUGCCGAGGUUUGCAACUCACCAUGAUAGAUUGUGUGUAUGUUAUACCGUAGAAGUCAUUAUAUCAAUAGCUCUGUCAAGCGAGUCUCGGUUGUAUAUUACUGUAGUUUUUUUCUUUUUAAUCUGUAGAUAAAAAAAUUUAGGAUUUGAACUUCGUGGUAUGCAGAUGGAUUCGAUUUUAUUUUUCAUUUUUUCUGUAUGAAACUUAAAACAGUGUCCAGUUUGGGAAAUUUGGGAGUUCAUCCAUCAACAUUUACAUUGCUCUGGUAUUUCAUA